AUGGCACGUAAAGGACCCCCGACACCGGGCAGCCUUUCGAGGGGAUCCCUGGAGGACCAUAAUGACGGAUCUCCUGCAGGAUUAUCUGAGGGUCUUCCUGGGGGACCCUCGUCACAGUUGAACAGUCGGCUGGCCCUUGUGCGGUAUUUGCUCUACCAAGUCAGGACUAGCAGGAGUGCGUACUACCCGGAGAGUAGCAGCGUUGGGGGGGACCCUACCAGUGGGGCAGCCUUCGGGCACAUCUGGGGUGCUUCAGAGAAAGCUGCUGGAGACAGCGCUGCUGAUAUUGCAGCUGCUGGGGCUGCGGGUCUCGCGGACGCUCUCGAUCCCUCAGUACCCGUAUCGGUCUUGCUGCAGUCUGUAGCUGUUCCCAAACUCCCGCCCGACGUUGCUGCUUCUGAUUGUCCACUAGCACCAGCAUCCUCUCCACCGCGAGGGCCCGCAGCAGCAGCAGCAGCAGCAAGCUGGCCAUCUUGGGGCUCGCUAGCUGCUGCAACGACCGCCACUGCAAGCCACGAGGGCUACGAAGCCCUUGAGUUGUAUCUUUGUGAGCGCCUUCUGCCUCUGCUAGAUAGCGCCUUGGCUGCUCUCUGCAACUUCGUGGAGAAACUGCAAGCAGACACAAACCAGUAUGAACAACACCAGCAGCAUCUGCAACAGCAGCAGCAGCAGCAGCAGCGACGGCGGCUUCUCCAGGAACAGCAGCAAGACGACGAAGGCCAGGAACAGCAGCCGCAGGUCGCGGCGGAACUAGAUAUUCAGCAACAGGAGGGUGAAGGGAAAGGGGAGCGGCAGCACCAUCAGGCGCAGCAUGACCGCGAUGAGCAGCCCCAGCAGCCAGACACAAAUUCUGUAGAAGAAAGGGUCCCCACUCCCCGGCUACUCUUAGGUAAGGGGCUCAAGGCGCGAUUUGACCCUCUUGUUUGGCUCGCCCAGUAUUUGCUGCGACACUCAAAAGCAGCAGACAAAUAUGAAGCUGCCACCAGUAGUAGCAGCAGCAGCAGCACAGCUGCAGCAGCAACAGCAACGAUAACAGUACGAAGGGAUGCACCAAAAAAUGGAAAAGCAGCUGCACCAGAAGCAGCAGCGCGCGUUGUUCGUGGCGAGCAUCUGUGUCACUCUGAGUUGCCUCUACUUGCUGCCGUGGCGCGGCAGGUGAGAGAAGAGAGAAACUGGAGGGCACUGGAGGCCGUGAAGCCUCAAAUGCAAAUCUACGUAGAAAACUACCUGCAGCAACAGCGGCAGCAGGAGCAACAGGAGCACGACCCACAAGGCCUGGAGAAGAACGGGCACGAGGGCGAAGGCGAGUAUUCCCAGCGACAGCAACUCAAAAAACUGCACCGGCAGCAAGAGCAGCAGCAACAACAGCAGCAUCCAGAUCAGCAGCAGCAGGACCAAUGUCCGCUAACAGUGGAAGAUCUACACUUCGCGUUGCAAGCCUUAGACACUCUUUGGGGUCUGGAUGAGCAGCACGGAUUGUUUGCUGCUGUUGCUGGAGCAGACGAUGAGACUGAAACGGACCCAUGGAGCCUUCCCAGCAGCUCCAGGGGCAGCAGCCACUCAAGCCGGAUGUUGCUGCUGCCGCUACACGACCCUUCCCACACCAACAGCGCUAACAACAAUAAUAGCGCUAGCAGCAAUGGGAUUAUAGGAGCAUGCAGUGGGGUGCUUCUAGAGGUGGCUGACAGCAACAAUAUCACCUUCCCUGAGUUCUGGCGCUUCAUUGAUGCUUGUCUCCUGGCCUGUCCACCCGUGAAGCAAGCUGCAUUUAACUAUGCGUUUCAAAGGCUGGCAAAGGCACGGCGGCAACAGGAGCAGCAGGACAAGCAGCAACAGGAGCAGCGGCAACAGCAGCAGCAGCUGGAGCAGCUAGUGCAACAGCAGCAGGAAGAAAUAAGUCAGCAACAGCUGAGGCAAGACCAAGAGAUGCUGCAAGAAGAAGCUGAAGUAGAGAGUGGGCUUUCUUCUGACGUGCUACCGAGUCAGAAGAGCAGCGAGAACGAGACCCAGGAGACAGAGCAUCAAGAGCACCAGCAGCAAUGA